AUGGAAGACGGUGAGAUAGAAGAAGGUUCAAUCGCCGUCGAAGAAGAACAGCAACAACCGUUUCUACAUUCCUCAGAAGACACCAUCUCAGAGGAAUCACCGCACGAAAUUCUCCACAACAGCAAAUCUUCCAUCGAAACCAUCAUCUCCGAUAUCCUCUCCAUCAAAAAAGACGCUAAACCGAAACAACUCCUUCGCGAUCUCGUCACUCAAAUGUUCCUUCACUUCAUCACUCUCCGCCAGGCGAAUCGCUCUAUAUUGAUUGAGGAAGACCGUGUCAAAAUGGAAACGGAACGCGCGAAGGCUCCGGUGGAUUUCACGACGCUGCAGCUUCACAAUUUGGUCUAUGAAAAGAGUCACUAUCUUAAAGCGAUUAAGGCUUGCAAAGAUUUCAAGUCUAAAUAUCCUGACAUUGAUCUCGUACCCGAGGAAGAAUUUUUACGCGAUGCGCCCAAGGAUAUCAAGGAUUCUGUUUUGUCGAAAGACAGUGCUCAUAAUCUGAUGCUCAAGAGACUCAAUUUUGAGCUAUACCAGCGUAAAGAGCUCUGCAAACAUCAUGCGAAACUGGAACAACAGAAGAAAAUCCUUUUGGAUACUAUUGCAAACCGAAAGAAGUUCUUGACAAGUCUCCCUUCGCAUCUCAAGUCUCUUAAGAAAGCAUCAUUGCCUGUACAAAACCAACUAGGAAUUAUGCAUACAAAGAAACUAAAGCAGCAUCAUUCAGCAGAGUUGCUUCCACCAGCUCUUUAUGUGAUCUACUCACAGCUAUUAGCUCACAAGGAGGCCUUUGUAGAACCCAUUGAUUUGGAGAUUGUAGGAAGCCUGAAAGAUGCUCAAGCUUUUGCUCGUAAGCAAGCUCACAAGGAAACUGGCAUUUCCACUGUCACAGAGAGUUCUAAAUUGGAAGAUGAUGUUCCUGAUGAUGAAGAAGAUGGUCAGAGACGUAGAAAAAGGCCAAGGAGGGUUCACGUCAAGGAGAGCUCUGACCAAGGGGGCAUAUUUCAAAGUCACCCACUUAAAAUCAUUAUCCAUGUGUAUGAAGACGAGACUUCUGAUCCUAAGCCUGCAAAACUAAUUACUCUAAGCUUUGAGUACAUGGUUAAGUUGAAUAUUGUAUGUGUUGGAAUAGAAGGAUCUAAUGAUGGUCCUGACAAUGACAUCCUAUGCAAUUUAUUUCCUAAUGAUACAGGCCUUGAGCUUCCUCACCAGUCAGCUAAGCUCUUUGUUCAAGAUGCUAUAACGUUCAAUGCUCAGAGAACUUCACGUCCUUACAAAUGGGCUCAGCACUUGGCAGGGAUUGAUUUCUUGCCUGAGGUGUCUCCAUUGCUCCCCACUGACAACAGUGAAGCAGCAAUGAGCGAAGAUGUUAUAUCUGGUCUCUCAUUAUAUCGCCAACAGAACCGAGUACAGACAGUUCUGCAGAAAGUUCGCUCAAGGAGAAAAGCUCAAUUGGCUCUUCUGGAACAGCUAGAAUCUCUUACCAAGCUUGAGUGGCCUCUUUUGUCCUGCAAAAGUGUUCCAUGGGCUUUGCACACACCCUUUGUGCAAAUUGGAUGGCUGGUCACCUAUAAAAGCCCUGCCUGUACCUAG